GGGGGCCGCAGCCAUGAUCCGGGCCUUCUCGUUCCCGGUGAGCCCCGAGCGGGGCCGGCUGCGGGGCUGGCUGGAGGGGAGCCUGGCCGGGCUGUGCGAGUUGCACUGGCUCCGGGAACGGCAGGAGUACCGCGUGCGGCAGGCGCUGCGGCUGGCCCAGCCCGGGAUGGGGGGCGCCGGGGCCGAGGACGCCGAGGACGCCGACGAGGACGAGGACGCGGCGGCGGCGCGCCGGGCGGCGGCGGCGCUGGAGGAGCAGCUGGAGGCCCUGCCUGGGCUCAUAUGGGACCUCGGCCAGCAGCUGGGAUAUCUGAGCCUGGAACCCGGGGGCCUGGACCAGGAGAGCGGGCGCAGCUCGGGCUUCUAUGAAGACCGCAGCUGCACCCCAGGCCCAGAGUCACCACCCUCCACCUUCUGCGGGGACAGCGGCUUCUCAGGGUCCAGCUCCUAUGGACGCCUGGGGCCCUCAGAACCCCGGGGCAUCUACGCCAGCGAGAGGCCCAAGUCCCUAGGCGAUGCCAGUCCCAGCGCUCCGGAGUCGGUGGGCGCCCGGGCAGCUGUGCCGCGCUCCUUCUCGGCGCCCUACCCGUCGGCGGGGUCGGACUGCUCGUCGGCGGAGCGGCGGGCGCGCGCGGGCCCCUUCCUGACGCCGAGUCCGCUGCACGCGGUGGCGCUGCGCAGCCCGCGGCCCUGCGGCCGCCCGGCCUCCAGCUCCCCCGAGGCGGCGGCGGCGGGCGGCGGCGGGCGGCCCCUGGACGGCUACAUCUCGGCGCUUCUGCGCAGGCGCCGCCACCGGGGGGCGGGCCAGCCCCGGACCAGCCCCGGGGGCGCGGACGGGGUGCCGCGGCGCCAGAACAGCGUGCGCCAGCGACCCCCCGACGCGUCCCCGCCCCCCGGGGGCGCGCGGCCCGCGCGGGAGCCGUCGGCGGAGCGCGUCGGGGGCCGCGCCGCCAGCCCGGCCCCGCUGAGCCGCGCCUGGGCCUCGUCGUGGGAGGCGGAGGCGGCUGCAGAGCCCGCCGCCCCGGCGCCCCCCGAGCCCCCCGACAGCCCGGCGGAGGGCCGCCUGGUGAAGGCGCAGUACAUCCCGGGGCGCGCGGCCCGCCGCAAGGCGCCGCCGCUCACGCGCGGCCGCAGCGUGGAGCAGUCGCCGCCCCGGGAACGCGAGCGGCCGCGAGUGGCGGCGACCCCGGCGGCGGCGGCGGCGGCGGGGCGGCGAGGCCGCGCGCCCGAGGCCCCCGGACGCCGGGGCUCGCCCCGGGCCCGCAAGGCCGCGCGCUCCCAGUCCGAGACCAGCCUGCUGGGCCGCGCCGGCCCCGCGCCCUCCGGGCCGCCCAAGUACCCGACGGCCGAGCGCGAGGAGCCGCGGCCCCCGAGGCCCCGCCGCGGCCCCGCGCCGCCGCUGUCCGCCCAGGCCUCGGGCGCGUGCCGCCGGUGGCGCUCCACCGCCGAGAUCGACGCCGCCGAGGCGCGCCGCGCGCGGCCCCGCGCCGUCCCGGGGCCCCGCGCGCCCCCGGGCCCGGCCGCCCCGUCGGCCCCGCCGCAGCGCCGCCUGCUGUACGGCUGCGCGGGCAGCGACUCCGAGUGCUCGUCGGGCCGCGCGGGGCCGCUGGGCCGCCGGGGGGGCCCGGGCGGCGGCGCCUACGGCGAGAGCGCGUCGAGCGCCAGCGAGGCCGAGUCGCCCGCGCUCAGCUCGGCAUCCAGCGACUCGGACGGCAGCGCGGGGCUCGUGUGGCCGCAGCAGCUGGCGGCGGCCGCGGGGGGCGGCGCGCCCGCCGGGGGCCCCGCCAAGGUCUUCGUGCGGAUCAAGGCUUCUCACGCGCUCAAGAAGAAGAUCCUGCGCUUCCGCUCCGGCUCGCUCAAGGUCAUGACCACCGUGUGAAUCCGGGGGUUCGCUCGGGCUCCCCUUCACCCACCCCACCCCGCGUCCUGGCCUCCGCGCCGCCACAUGCCGGCCCAUCCGCACCCACCUUUCCAAAGACCGCCAUUGUGUGCGCGUGCGCAAAGACACUCUGCGCCCCUACCCCCCAGUCCAUGGCAAGCCCAGGCCGGCUGGAAAGCCCCCCCCACACACA